AUGGCUGAGGCAGUUGUUUCGUUUGUGCUCGAAAGGGUCCAAGACUUCGCCACUCAGGAAGCCAAGUUCUUGUCUGGAGUGAGCCACCAAGUUGAGGUUGCACAAACUGAGCUACAAUUGAUGCAGGGCUUCCUCAAAGAUGCAGAUGCAAUACAAGGACAAGAUGCAACAGUACAAGUUUGGGUUGCCAAAACUAGAGAUGUUGCUUAUGAUUUGGAACAUGUUUUUGAAACCUAUGGCUUGAAAGUGGCUUCCAAGAAGAACAGGGGCAUCAAGAAUAUUCUCAGAAGAUUUGCCUAA